AAACUACCGCAGUGGCUGCCGGGAUAGAACUGAAAGCCCAGAAGUAAACAUUGACGGAUUGACUUCAUUUUUGUCGGGUGAUUUCGGGGUGGCCUGUGGCCCGACUGGUGGGGUCCAGAUAACCAUGUCAGCUGCAGCUGUAGAUGCAGUUAAUGCGGCCCCCCUGUCAGGGUCCAAAGAAAUGAGUCUAGAGGAACCAAAGAAGAUGACCAGAGAGGACUGGAGAAAGAAGAAGGAGCUAGAAGAACAACGAAAACUGGGUAAUGCUCCAGCAGAAGUUGAUGAAGAAGGGAAAGACAUCAACCCUCAUAUACCUCAGUAUAUUUCUUCAGUGCCAUGGUACAUCGAUCCGUCAAAAAGACCUACUUUAAAGCACCAGAGACCACAACCAGAGAAACAGAAGCAAUACAGCUCAUCUGGAGAAUGGUACAAGAGAGGUGUAAAAGAGAAUUCCAUAACUACUAAGUACCGCAAGGGGGCAUGUGAAAAUUGCGGGGCCAUGACACACAAAAAGAAAGACUGCUUUGAGAGACCUAGGCGAGUUGGAGCAAAAUUUACAGGUACUAAUAUAGCUCCAGAUGAACAUGUCCAGCCUCAGCUGAUGUUUGACUAUGAUGGGAAGAGGGACCGGUGGAAUGGCUACAAUCCAGAGGAACACAUGAAAAUUGUGGAAGAAUAUGCCAAAGUUGAUCUGGCAAAACGAACCCUGAAAGCCCAGAAACUCCAAGAGGAAUUAGCCUCAGGAAAAUUAGUGGAACAGGCUAAUUCUCCAAAACACCAGUGGGGAGAAGAGGAACCAAAUUCUCAGACGGAAAAAGAUCAUAAUAGUGAAGAUGAGGAUGAAGACAAAUAUGCAGAUGAUAUUGACAUGCCUGGACAGAACUUUGACUCUAAGAGGCGAAUUACUGUCCGGAAUCUCAGGAUUCGAGAAGAUAUUGCAAAAUAUUUGCGGAAUUUAGAUCCAAAUUCUGCUUACUAUGAUCCCAAAACUAGAGCGAUGAGAGAGAAUCCCUAUGCCAACGCAGGGAAGAAUCCAGAUGAAGUGAGCUAUGCAGGGGAUAACUUUGUAAGAUACACAGGAGACACCAUUUCAAUGGCUCAGACACAGUUGUUUGCUUGGGAAGCCUAUGACAAGGGAUCUGAAGUGCAUCUGCAGGCUGAUCCUACAAAACUAGAGCUGCUGUACAAGUCCUUCAAAGUCAAAAAAGAAGACUUCAAAGAACAGCAGAAAGAAAGCAUCUUGGAAAAGUAUGGUGGCCAAGAACACUUGGAUGCCCCUCCAGCUGAAUUGCUUUUAGCUCAGACUGAAGACUAUGUGGAGUAUUCAAGACAUGGGACAGUCAUCAAAGGACAGGAGCGGGCUGUCGCCUGCUCUAAGUAUGAGGAGGAUGUGAAGAUCCACAAUCACACACAUAUCUGGGGAUCUUACUGGAAAGAAGGCCGAUGGGGAUACAAAUGCUGUCACUCUUUUUUCAAGUAUUCCUAUUGCACUGGAGAAGCUGGCAAGGAGAUUGCUAAUUCAGAGGAAUGUAUUAUAAAUGAUAUAACUGGAGAAGAAUCUGUGAAAAAACCUCAGACCCUCAUGGAGAUGCAUCAGGAAAAAUUAAAAGAAGAUAAAAAGAAGAAAAAGAAGAAGAAAAAGAAGCAUCGAAAGAGCAGUUCAGAUAGUGAUGAUGAAGAAAAGAAACAUGAAAAAUUGAAAAAGGCACUGAAUGCAGAGGAGGCCCGCCUUCUUCAUGUCAAGGAGAUCAUGCAAAUUGAUGAGAGGAAGCGGCCUUACAACAGCAUAUAUGAAACUCGGGAACCCACUGAAGAGGAAAUGGAAGCCUAUAGAAUGAAACGUCAGAGGCCAGAUGACCCCAUGGCUUCCUUCCUUGGACAGUAGUAACUAGUUAUAGACAGUCACCCAAGAUAGACACAGCUGAUACAUUCUUUUCAGCUUCUUGCUGAUGAUUGUAGAUGGAAAAAACCCAUGACUACUACUCUUGCUGCCUGACUUUAAUAAAGACUCUGGAAGUCUCAUAGCAAAUUCAUUUCUUUACACACUGAAGAAACAAAAACAAAGAGGAAGUACAUUAAGUGUAUAUUUUUAUUUUACUUCCAGUUUUAUAUUAGGGGAUGUGCAAAGAGGCCUUGGCUCUCUACCUAACAAGAACAUCUUCUACUCAACAUUUAUUAAGUCUCUAACUUUAUUUCCUCAAUUCUUAUGGCCCUUUAUCUAGUGCUAGUACACAUUUUAAAGACAGAUGAGUUACUCUUUCUCAAAAUCACGGUUUUGUUUUUUCAAAUUACUAGUAACUAUAGUUGUAGUUAUUUGAGUAUCGUUUGUUUUUGCCUUCUAAGGUUUUCCUUGUCUAAAGCUAAAAAUAAAUCAGGUUACUGAAAGGAAACCUUUAGAAUAUAUGUAUGACUUUAUCCCCCAUUUCAGUCUGUAUAAUAAUAAUUCUGUUUUCUAUUUGGUUAUAAAUUUUUGAUUUUUAAAAUAUUUCCUUAUACUUUAUACCCAGAACUAAAUGGAUUAGUCUUUGAAUGGAAAAAUAACUCUUUUGUUAUCUUCGAGUCACUAUCAGUACUAGGUGUUUUACCAUUCUGGACGUGAGCCUUUAGACACAGAAACCCUUUCCUCUAUCAUAGAGUAUGGUUUGUGGUACUAUUUGUUGUUUUAAUUGUGAUUGCCUUUAAAUAAUGAUCAUGAAUAUUAAAUUUUAGAAGACUGUAGAGUAUCCAUUGUACCUAAUCUUUACAGAAAGCAAAAAUUGCUUGUAAUUGUAUAAAAAUUGCAGAAAGCAAAACCUGAAAUUGAAGGUUUCUUCAGAGAAUCACAAGGAUAACUUAUAGGGCUAUUAAUAACUGAGACUACCAUGAUCCUCAGGCCUCUUCUAAGAACAUUGUGAAGAUAAUACAGUGAGAGUGGGAUCAUGAAAACAGCCUGUUUCAAGACCUGACAUAAGUAAUUGGCUUUUAACAGCUCUCUGGCUUCUAAGCUACCAAAACCCACUAGGAUACCACAUUAAGUUACCAUCUAAGAAAUUGUGCUGGUGAGAGUAACAAUCAAAUUGUCAAGUACUAUGGAUACCAUAGCUAGAUUCAAACUAGUACUAGUACAAAGUUCAAACAGCAAUGCAAAGAGAGCUCAUUCUUACCUAUUUCAAGAAAGUCAAUGACUUACGUUUUCAUACUCCUGCCAUAAUAUGGAGUGGUUCAACAAAGCCUGACAGUGUCUAUUUUGUAUUUUAUUUAUCUUUUGUUAAUAAAGAUACAUAAUUGAGAAUA